AUGAUUGCUGGAAGAUGUCUAUCAAUAAAAAAUUCCAGAAUUCUUGCAACAAGAAGUGGAUUUUUUAGUAAAAAAAAAGAUAAAGCUAAAGAAGAAGUAGAUGUGACUGUUGAACUGACUGAUAAAGAAAAGGGAGCCUUAAAAUCACGUUUUCCAGAAGUAUUUUCUAAAAUUGAUUCUAGUAUUAAAAAAAUGAUAGAAACUAUGGAUAUAUCAAAAGAAGAUAAUGACAUAUUUGAAGAAAAUGAAUUUGAUUCAAUUCGUGCUAGAGGAAUAUUACCUUUUACUUAUACAUAUAAUCCACCAUCUAAUUUAAAUGAUAUUAUAUUAAAUGCAGUAACGUCUGUCCUAUCAACAACAGAAAAAGACUUUAGUAAGAUUGAUAUAUCAAAUAAUUUGAAGGAUAAAGCUGCUUUAUUAAAAUUAUUGGAAAAAAAAUUACAUCACAAUAUUCCUAAUUCAAGACUUCAUGAAAUGAAAACAGUAGCUGAUGUUAAUAAUUUUUAUCUAGAACCAGUGACUAAUGUUACAGAGUAUAUAAAAAUGUCAAGGGAUAAAACUGUACCAAAUAAUGUUUUUAUGCGUGAAGAAGCUUUUAGAUUCCAUCCUGAUGAUGUAGAAGCCUAUCAUGGUGGUGUAACAGCUUUUCCUGGACAAGGAGGUAAAGUAUAUGGAUUAAGAAACAAAAGAUUACUUAGAGAAUUUAAUCCUCGUUCCAAAUGGUAUGAUUAUGAAGAAAUGAGUUAUGAUUAUACAAAAGUUGAUGAAGGUCUUCCAUGGGAUCCACGUAUUGCCAAAAAAAUGGAUAGUUAUGUUAAUAGGAGAUAUAAAAUAAACAAGAACUAA